AUGGUUUCGAAUUUUUGGGUUCUUGCAAUGGGCUUUUUUUGUUUCCGUGCUAAACCGUAUAGAAUAAUCAUUUGGAACCCUUCACCGAAUAGAAACAUCAAGAGAAUCCCAGAUGUCUGGAUGUUGGGCUACAUGGGCAUUUUUGGGUUUGGAUACGACGAGUAUAAUGACGACUACAAGGUUGUUUAUGCCUAUUGUGCUAAGUAUAUUGAUGAGAAUGUUGUUAUGGUGUACAAUUUUAAGCAUGGGUCAUGGAAGAGAAGUGAAAGAGGGCUUAGUACUACUGGGUUUGUUAAUCCAGGAAUUGCUGUGUUUGUGAGUGGUAGUCUCAACUGGUGCAACAACAACUUUCAAGGCACUGACUGGAAUUGGAACAUAAUUUCUUUCAACUUAACCACUGAAACUGCCAAAGCUAUAGCUUUACUCGGCCAUGAACAUGGGGUCGCUAUUUGUAUAAGUGAAACAAGAGGAUUGUUUUUUGCAGGUUUUCAUCACAAACGUCAAAUGGUAGCAGAGACUUAUCAGUAG